AUGGCCGAGUCCACCUCCGCGUCGCACAAGCAGGACGAGUCCGUCCCCACGGCGGCGCCGUUCCCUCUCCCGCGCAUCACCAUCCGCUUCUGCACGCAGUGUAAGUGGAUGCUGCGGGCUGCAUAUUACGCCCAAGAGCUGCUCUCGACCUUCUCGACGUCGCUGGGCGAGGUCGCCCUGCAGCCGAGCACGGGCGGCACCUUCACCGUCACCAUCGAGCACGCCGCUGUUGCUUCUCCCUCGGCCUCGAACCCGGCGCCGAGCAUCCAGCAGCGCACCCUCUGGGACCGCAAGGUCGACGGCGGCUUCCCCGAGACCAAGGAGCUCAAGCGCCGCGUGCGCGACGUCAUCGAGCCGGGCCGCGACCUGGGCCACGUGGACCGCGACCACGGCAAGGCGGCCGCGGAGGCGGGGGCCAAGGCCGACAGAGGCGAGCGGGAGAUGAAGAAGACGGCGACAGGUGAUGCGCCGCCCCCGGGUCAGUCGCAGGAGGCUCAGAACACCGACCCCCUCCGCAAGGGCCAGUCCCUCCCCAUGAUCCCGGCCGACGGCGGCGGCGACGGCAUCCCGGAUUCCCGGUCCUGGAGGGGCCAGCCGCCGCACGCCGGCCAGGACAUCGGGGCCAAGGUCGAGGAGGCGGUCGCGCGGAAGGCCGAAGCCAAGGCCGAGGCGCGGGAGGCAUGCGAGGACUGUCAGUGA